CUCUCUCAUCUCUCUCUCUCUAUAUAUAUGUAUAUGGAUAUACACGCAUGGUAUUGAAUCCUUCAUCAGUUUUAACAGCUAUCUUCUCCAAUUCCAAUUUACAUAUCCAUCUUAUUAGUAUCUUUCCCAGCCACAUAAUCUGCACCAUAUACAUAUAUAUGCAUAUAUUUGUAAUCAUAUUGUUCAUGCAUGUCCAGUGCUAGUGCUACCCUCGGCAUAGGGUUGGGGCCGGGUGACACUGCGUACACUACAUUGGGAAAUUAAUUACUUGAUAUCAGUCAUCACUUGAGAUCAAGAUAUAUAUAGGAUGGGAAGAGCACCAUGCUGCGAUGAUAGCGGGGGAAGCUUGAAGAAGGGGCCAUGGACUCCCGAGGAAGACCAGAAGCUGGUAGACUACAUUAAGAGGCAUGGUCACGGGAGUUGGAGGGCCCUCCCCAGGCUUGCUGGCCUCAACAGGUGCGGCAAGAGCUGCCGGCUGCGUUGGACCAACUAUCUCAGGCCCGACAUCAAGAGGGGCAACUUUUCCGAGGAGGAGGAGGAGCUCAUCAUCAACCUCCACCAAGUUCUAGGCAAUAAGUGGUCGGCGAUUGCUGCACACUUACCAGGGCGAACGGACAAUGAGAUAAAGAAUUUCUGGAACACGCAUCUGAAAAAGAAGCUGCUGCAGAUGGGGAUAGACCCUGCGACCCACAGGCCGAGAACUGAUCACGAUCACUUGGUCAGCCAACUGCUGGCAGGCAGCUUUCCAGGGCUGCAGCAGCUGUUUGCCACCGUCGCUAAUUAUAAUUACAAUUACAGUAGCUUGAGCAGCGGUCUCCUGAUGACAUUGAUGAACAGUAACAAUAAUCCAGCGGCAUCAGCAGCAGCACUAGCAGCAACCCUUUGGGCAGCGGACAGUAAUAUAAAUAACAGCAACACGAUCAUGUCGAAACUGCAGCAACAACUGCAAUCCUCUUCAUCAUCAUCAUCAGCGACAGCAACCAAUGAUGCCUACUUCCAGCUCAUGAAACUAAAGCUGCGCUUGCAUGAUGGUUCGCUCAUUCAGCAGCAGCAGCCGCAGCCGCAAGGAGCAAUAGCACAUUCCAGCUUCUCCAAGUCAUCGUCAUCAGUGGACCAUAACUCAUCUCGUUCAUUACCCAAUGAGUAUCUUCAAUACUCCUGCGGUGGUAAGAACUCUGAGCAUGACCAUCAGCUCGAACCAAAAGGAGGAACGGCAGGAUCAGCAGCUGGCUUAGUUAAUAGUAAUAAUGAUCCAUGUCAGCCAUUAUCUCGAACAAAUACAGUAUCCCUGGCAGAAGAGAACAUCAUCCCAACUGCACCUGUAGCUAGUUGUAACAAUUUCCAGGAGCUACUGAUGAAAGAUCGUCAAAAUGAUCAAUUUCUUCUAGGUGAUCUUCAUGAAGAGUCUCCUUCUCUUCCUCCUCGUCCGCCUCAUCAUAAUCAUCUUCCUAUGAGUACUAAUGGUGCCAGCUACCGGCCACUAGCAACAGCACUAUCAUCAUGUGAUGACAGCAGUUUGUUUGCCGAUAUUGAAAAUUCGAUCCCGCCACUUGUAUCAGCUGAACUAAUUAUGGAUCGGAAGGAGAUGAAGAAGAGUACUUGUAAAUCAUCAUCCAAAGACAAAUAUUCCACGGCUGCAGCGUCCUGCACUUCUAAUACAACUUACGAAGGUUGGGGUGAUAUCAUGGCUGAUGACGAUGCCAGUGAUUCCUACUGGAAAGAAUUCAUUGAGUAGCCAAGAACUGUGCAGCCGGGUCCAAUCUCACCCCAGAAAGCAAGCUCUCAGGGACGACCUGCUUCAACGUAACUGACAGUUAAUUUGUAAAUUAGUCAAGCACGUUUUGAUUGAUCGUCAGUAUAGAGCUAGGAGGUAUAUAUGUUAUUGUUUAUACCGGGUGAAAAGCUAUAUGUUUCGAGCACCCAAACGGAAAAAAAUAAAUAAAUUAUCUGUAUCAUUUAUGUUGUUUAAUUA